GGCGGGAUUAUUAUGGGCUGUGGGCGCCGCCGCCGCGGAGCAAGAUGGAGCUGUCUGCAGUGGGGGAGCGCGUCUUUGCCGCCGAGUCCAUCAUCAAGCGGCGCAUCCGAAAGGGGCGCAUCGAGUACCUGGUGAAAUGGAAAGGCUGGGCCAUCAAGUACAGCACCUGGGAACCAGAGGAAAACAUCCUGGACUCCCGCCUCAUCGCUGCCUUCGAGCAGAAGGAACGAGAGCGUGAGCUGUAUGGGCCCAAGAAAAGAGGACCUAAGCCUAAAACUUUUCUCCUGAAGGCUCGGGCCCAGGCAGAGGCCCUCCACAUUGGGGAUGUACACUUUUCUGUCAAGCCUGGUUCCAGCACUUCCUCUCCCAAGCUCCACUCCAGCGCUGCAGUACAUCGGCUCAAGAAAGAUAUCCGUCGAUGCCACCGCAUGUCCCGGCGUCCUCUGCCCCGUCCAGACCCCCAGAACAGCGGGAGCGUGGGUGGUGGGGCUGGGAUCCGUCCUCCUGUCUCGCCCUUCUCGGAGACCGUCCGCAUCAUCAACCGUAAGGUGAAACCCCGUGAGCCCAAGCGCAGCCGCAUCAUCCUCAACCUCAAAGUCAUUGACAAAGGUGGGAAGCCAGCCAACGGGGCCGGAGGCUUGGCUCGGCCUAAGAUCCCAUCCCGAAACCGUGUCAUCGGCAAGAGCAAAAAGUUCAGCGAGAGCGUCCUCCGCACCCAGAUCCGCCACAUGAAGUUUGGCGCCUUUUCACUCUACAAUAAACCGUCUGCUGCACCUGCCCCCUCUCUGGAGGGCAAGGGGGAGGCCGAAGGCUCCCAGGCAUCCUCCUGUGGGAUCAUUAUGGGUUCCACUCCCUAUGAUGCCCCCAGCUCCAGCUCUUCUGGCUGUCCAUCACCUGCCCCCCACUCCUCCUCUGACCCAGAUGAUUCCCCUCCAAAGUUGCUCCCUGAGACCCUCAGCCCAGCCAUCCCCGACUGGCGUGAAUCAGAGGUCCUUGACCUCUCAAUCCCACCUGAGUCGGCUGCCACCAGCAAGCAUUCGCCCCCAGGAGGGUGCAGUGGAGGGCAGACACCCUCCUUGUCCCUUUCCUCUUCUGAUCCAGAGCAGGAGGCUGGCGACUGGCGUCCCGAGAUGUCCCCUUGCUCUAAUGUGGUGGUCACAGAUGUCACCAGCAACCUCCUCACUGUCACCAUCAAGGAGUUCUGCAACGCGGAAGAUUUUGAGAAGGUGGCAGCAGGCGGUGGUGGAGGAGGCAGCAAGUGAGCAGCCAGGUCCCCCUACUCCAGGGGUGUGGGGGGAGCUCUACCUGCAAGAAGUCGUGGUGCGAAUGGCUGUCCUUAGUUCUCUCCUUCUCCCCUUGGCUGUCCCUCUGUCCUCACUGUCACCCUUCCUCCUCUUUUCCUCCUGCCCACACCCUCUUUCCUGGAGGCUGGAGCAUGUCAGUGGGGUAGAGCAGGGGCCCCCACUGUUCCUGGGUGUUGCCACUUCUGGGAGGAGGCGGGAAGGGUCGUGGUGGGGCUGGGGAGUGGUUGUAUGUCCUUGAAUGUGGUGUUGUCCAAUGGGCGGUGGAGCCUUUGGGGAUGUGGGGUAGGUGAGCAUGUGUGCCUGUGAGGGUGGUGGGGAAGGUGCUCUUCCUCCUCCUUCCCUUUCCAUCUUUGACAAAAACUGAAGAGGAGCUCUAGACCCUUGAGGGGAGGAUGUUAAGAAGCUUGGAGCCCUCAUCCACAACCCCAAGCCUUCUUCCCACAACGUGCAUGCAGUCUCUUCCAUUCUUGCGUUUCCCCCAUGCCAUGACUCCAGUCUUGCUACCUUUCCCCUUCUUGGCCUGUGGCCUGGAUCUGCCCUCUCUUCUGCUGUCCUCAUUGCAGUUGCUGAUCCAGGUGCCCCCAGAGCAAGAGGGAGAGGGGGCAGGUGAAGCGUCAUUCCUGGAAGGUGCUUGAAACAAAGCUGGAGUGAUGGGGGGGUGCCCCAUGCAGCACGUGCCUCGCAUUGGCUUCCCCUUUCCUUUGACUAUUGGUGCUACCUUGGCAGUUGUGUGGGUGCUUUCAGAUGUCUUGGUCCCUCUUCUCCUGUGUCUUCCAACUUGCUCAGCUUUGCAGGGGGAAGGGAAGAAAUGGGGAAUCUAUUUUUGGCCCAGAUCUUCCUCCUGGUGUUCAUCACUUGCACUUGCUUAGGGGAGAGGGCAUGAAAUGCCCUUCCCCAGCCUUUCUGUGGUGGAAGUAGGAGUGGGCCAUGCAUCUGUCCAUCCAUCCUUCAGUUUAGGGGAAGAUAUGCCAACAGCGUGACGCUGCCCCAGCCAGGUGAGGCUGGUUUCCCGCCUUGUGCGUAGGCUUCCCCUGGCCCUUUUUGCUUCCCCUGCUCGCUUGGAAGGAGGAUGGAGGGAUGGAUGGGUGCUGAAGUGGGUCGUUUGCUCUUCCUGCUUUCUUUUGUCUCUCCUGCUUUCCCUCACCUGUGGUGGAUGACCUGGAAGAGGGUUCCCCUCUGUCUUUUCAGCAUCUGAAACAGCCCUCACAACUGUCAACCAGAGGUGCUAACAAGAAAUAACUCUCACAUCGUAUGCAUGUGCAGGGAAUCUUUUCCCCCAGAGCUCCUAGAAGCUGCUCUAGAAAUUCCUUCUUUUCACCCCUAGAAGGUAGGAGCGAGCAAGACCACAGCUUGCCGUUCUUUAUCCACAGCUCCCUCUUUCCCUGACCACCCUUGUUUACAUCCAAAAUAAGCUCUCUCUUUCACUUGCCGUUUCUGGCUUGCUCCAUUUCUGUACGAGUCCUAAGCUUCAUGGUGAGAUGCAAUUCCUUUGCUCUGUUCUGCCCCUACUCACACAGGGCUCAGCCUGUUGGAGCAAGGAAAAGAGGUGCUCAUCCAUCAACAGGAGAGCCUCACCCUCUCAGCCCUGUCCCCCCGUGUUCGGGGUGGGCAGAGGGGUGCCAUUUCUAUGUAACAUGUUGCAGAGGUGCAAAGGGUGGAAAAUUCCCUGCAGCAGGGCUCACCUGCUUACAAACCUGCCCUGGGUGGGUGAAACGGGAGUGGAAUUGGCCCCUCUGGUGCUUCCACAUGAGGAUACUCCAGAGCUGCUGGGUCCGAGGAGUGCUCUCGUCUGCAGUAGUGAUUUUGUGGCUGCAGUGGUCUGAGGAUAGAAGGGAGGUGGUUUGUGGGAGAGAGGCACUGUUUGUCUGCCCAAGGGGCAUCAUCUGGGUGGUUGAGGGAUAGACCAGCUUCUGACCUUAAUUAGGGCUUCUGUGCCCAGAGCUUGUCUUUUCCCCACCUCCAGCACCUGGAUUGGUGUGGUAAAAUCCUUGCUGCCCUGCCCACAAGCCUUACCUCAAGUGGGUGGAAUGGAAAGCCACAAGGCAUGGUGAAUUCACACCAGUUGCAGAUGAGUGUCUGUGCAGACAGUCUGAGGGGGAUUCCAGGUGCUGUUAGCACCACCCUUUGCACACCUCUUACCUUUUCUUUCCUUGCCUAAAAAGCUUAGUGGACUCUUUGGGGAUGUGGUUGCAGUCACAGCUGAAGCUAGGGGCAGGGAGAAAGAGACUGCUCCAACCUAUUCUCCAAGUAAGGCUUCCUAUAACUUGUUGGACUUGUGUGCGUGUCUGUAUUUUUUGUGUCUUUAUUUUUUCGCAUCUUUCCUGUGCCUGGCACACCCGGGGAUCCCUCAUUUUAGCAUAGCCUAUCCAUUUGACUGCAGCUUCAAAUAUGAGCAGUUUGUAGGCAUAGGGAAAAGCUCUUAGGGAAACAGCGAGGAGAUUCUUCUCUUUUCCCACCCCCCUUCUCAACAAGGAUUAUUCUGCAGCUGCGAGAUUAGAGGAGCUUAUUUGUGGGGUGGAUGCAAACCGGCCAGUCACUUUAGGUGGUUGAGUUACUGUUUGGUGUGUAUGUGGUGACGUGUUUUGUUUCGUGGUAUUGAGGUUCUGAGAAAAAAAAAUAAAUUGAAGCGUUUAAGUGGGAGAUAAAAGGGAACUUAAAUAGGAAACUCUUGAUGUGUUUUGGCCAAGAUGUGUUUGCUUGGCAGAAUUCUUUUCCCCAGUGUCUCUUGUGUGGUGUUCUUUGGGGGCAGGGGACAGGAAUUGUUUAAUCAAAGGGUUUUUGCCUUUCUCCAGAGUGACAAACAAGGGGACUGUCUGUGAAGAGCAAAACAGUGGGUCAUUGUAGGGAUACUCCCUGAGGACCUUCUUCCCGUGGUGAGGAGAUGAGGGGACUUGUUGUGGCAGAGGAACUCGUGCAGUAGAUCCUGUUUGUGGAGGAAGAAAGGAGUAUGAUCCGGCUUUCAGACACAGCUCAACUGCUUGUGUGACAAAUCUCGCCCUGGGUGAGUCACCAGGUGGGAACCAAACCUUGAUGAACCUCUGGAUCCAAAAUGAGGAUCCCAUGCUGUUUUGAGUUAGAGGUCUAGUAACUUGAAUGCAGCAGCAGUCUCAAGUGGAUGAGCCACUUGAGGCUGACUAAUCUACCUUCGUAUUCACGUGGGUUACACUCCUCCUUCUGAAUUUUUGCCUUUACUCCUCAACGGAGAUGGGAAGGAAGAUCUGUCCGUGCUCUUUAAAAAGGGCAUAGGAUUGAGGGAGGAGUUUAUUUGAAAGUAUCCCCUUCCCCUUCCCCGUAACCCUUAGGAAAAAAAACAAACAAAUGAAAAACAGAGAAAUAUUCUCUGUGUCUGUGCCAUGUUUGUUCUCUUGUUGUCGUGUUUUUAGAGGAGAUUUUAUGAUGGAGUGGAAAAAGUGAAAUGAUUAGUUUUGCAUAAAAAAAGAAAAGUUUAAAAAAAAAUUUCUACAGGGAGAGAGCGAGAGAGAGAGAGUUUAAAAAUUAAUAAUAAAUGCAGUGAUUGCACAAACUGUAGUGGUAUUAGAUGGUCCUUAGAGAAAAGAGUAUUUUGGUAGUAUCAAAGCAUGUGUGUCUGGGAUGGUGUUUGACUUGCUUGAACUGGAGGGAAAGGCAUUCUGGGACUAAGCAGCGAUCUCUGAGCUGAAAAGGCAAGUUGUAUGUUGGAGGAACCCUGUCUACAAACCUUUCCCGUCCUUGCCUCCAAGUGUUGGAGUGAGUUCCCUUCCCUUCCAUACCUCUCCUGUGAGCUAAGGUGGAGUCUCCAAGUGGUUUUCCGGCUGAGCGACCCUCGGAAAUGGCUGGUCACGUUCUGCCAGAAUGUGGAUCAGGCCAUCAAUGUGGAAACAGUUGACUUACUUUGCAUGCACAGCAAGCUGCUAAGAUUUGGGGUUGGCAUGUACCUUUACUGCCAAGUCACUGUCUCUUCUCUUUUCCUUCCCUCCAUAUCCAAGCAGGAUUCAAUACGGUGGGCUUAUCUCCUGGGAAGCAGAUACGCCUCCCCUCCUUAGGGUCUCUUAACUUCUUCCAGUGUCAGAUAGGAAGUGGGAUUUUUCCAUAUAGGAUUCACCACAUCAGGACAGAGAACCAAGUCCCAUCUGUAUGUAGUCUGGUGUCCCAUCUCUGAUGGCAAUUGGAUCUUCAGAGGCAGAUGAGAGUGCUCCCUUCUGUGCUCCAAAGUUGUUGCCAAGUGAGGCAUAGCCUCUUCUUGAGGGCAUCAAAUGCUGGAGGCUUUGGGAAGAGGGUUGCCUGAAUGGGACUGUGCUCAAGCAGGGCUGCCGCCUCCUGCUCUGGCUUCUUGUAGGGUGGUAGAGAAGAGUUGCCCAAACAUUCCUUCAAAGCAAGGAGGCCCCUCUUGUGUGUGCUGGCUUCCCCAUCCAAGAUGUCUCUGCUGGGCAUUAAUCUGUUGCAUGGGAGUGACGGCAGAGAAGAGGGAAGCAACCAGAUGUUGGUGUCUGAACAGAAGGUGGCAGGCAGGGGAUGCUAGGACAGCUUUUCUUGUCUGGAUUUCUCUGGUGCCCUUGGCUUUGCAGUGGCAGGUGAUGAAUGUCUCUGCCUCCCAUAGCUUGGGCUCCUCUUGGGAAUAACUUCUCUCUGCUCAUUGAGCUCUGUCAGUGCUUCCCAUGGCCUUCAGCUUGGGAUGGCAGCCUCCUGUCUUGUGUUCCCUUUUCUGCUCACUGAGCAGAGCAGGACUGGGGAGAUGGGAAGCUAAUGAGAUGCAAGCUUCUUUUGGGAUGGAAAACAGAGAACAGUGUGGUGAGCAGGCCCAGCUGUGGUGAGCCACCGCUUAAUUUCUGUUUUCAAAAGAGAAAGGGAGCACUUCUCUGCAUCUCCCCUUAUCAGAGUUCCCAGGGAGAUUUUAUGAAAUAAAACAAAAUCCAAUCCUGCUCUUUACAAGGUAGGAGCUGUCUCUGAGCUGAGUCUUCCUAGGGAUUUUAAUCCCUUUCCCAGCCCCUCUUUGUAGAGGAGGUUUCAGCAGCUCCCAGUGUUUGGAGGUGAUCACCUUCCUGGGGAUGUUCUGGCAGGAGAUUGCCGUGCUGAAGGAUCAUGUCCUGGGUCCCUCCUGCUUCUGCCCACCCCUGGUUGUGGCGGUAGUGGGGCUGCUCAGGAGCAGGACCUUCUUCCCAGGGAGGUGUAACAAACCUGGAGUGAGUGUCUGGCUAAGUGCUUAUUUCCCCUCCCCCACCUUCCAACAAGACCUUUUCCUCCUUGCCUGGCGCGUCCUUUUACUCCAAUGUCGCUUGCUUUUGCUGCAUUUUUCAAUUGCCCAAUAAUCGUGCAAGAGCUGGGAUCUUAUUUACUUUUUAUAUAUAAAUAUAUAAAUAUAAAAGAAAUCCUCUCCUCACUCCCUCCCCGUCUUGCCCACCACCCCAUGCGCAGCCUUCCUGAUCUCUGCUCUGAAGGCGGUGUGCUGUAGAGGGUUGAUUUGGGGCCGGGGAUUCGGUGCCUCUUGGGUUCUGUUCCUUCUUGGUUUGCCGUGGCCUUUCUGCCAGCUGUGUCACUGCCCUGUGCCUCGGUCUCCCUUGUGUGAAGGGGCGGUGGGUAGAGGGGACCAUCCUGCUGAGGGUGCUGGCAGCCUGACUCCCGCGGCGUUUGCACAGAGCCAGAGGAGUGCCGAGUACUGCUUCAGAAAUCCCCCUCUUCCUGUCCGUGCUUCCUUCCCUAGGUAACUCCAGCAAGUAUCUUCAUUUCACCAGUGCUUUGGGGUUGAGCAAAUAAGUAGCUUUAUUGUCUUUUCUUCUUUAUAUUUUUUUAGGUCCCUCCCCAGAGUGCAACGUAUGUGGUUUCUUUUUUGGGGGUGUAGCUGGGAGGAGAUGUUGGAGUCUGUCUCCAUCCUCACCUUUGCUUUUCUGUCUUCUCUCUCCUCUUGGUGUUGCCUUGUGUCAGACUGACGUGUCCACUGCAGUUUGUGCCCUUGUCUGUGCAAGGUCAACAGCCUUGGCACCAGCAGCUUUACAUCCAUUCUGCACGGCGCAUGUGAGGUGCCCUGUGUCGCACCCGCCUCGCUUACAAGGAUGUUGCAGGGCCCUAAGUUGUUCUUUCUCCUUUUAAGUUUCUCUUUUCAAGAAUGAAGGGAGAUGUAGUCAGUGUGCCCUUCCUACGUUGCUGGGCUCCCUCUGGCAACUCUUCUGUCCCUUCCAGCUUCUGCCUGGUGGGAAACAAAAUGUCUCCAGGACCGUCUGAAAGCAGUGUCCCUGGGCUUAAAAGUCCCUCUGCCUUGGAUGAACGCUGUGCUUUGAGCCCUCUCUCCAGGCACCCCUCCGAGAGUGCCAGCGGAGGUGAUGGUGCUGAGGAUGGUGAGUGGGGAUGCCCUUUGUGCUCCCGGGCUGAGCAGAGCAGGGACGUGGGCAGCGAGCACUGUGCUGUGGCAUAAGGAACAAGUAAGGUGACAGAAAAACAGUGAGAUGCUGUCAGGGUGAUGCCAGCUUCAACAAUGACUCAGAAAAUGUAGAAGGGGCACAGUCAGGACAGGCAGCUGAAAUGUUAAUUCCUAUUGCAGCACCCCAGUUCUUUGUUCCUUGUUCAGAUGAGCACUUGGAGCUUGCACUAAACCACAGGAGCGUGGCUGGGUGCACCAAAGUGCUUCACAUGGCUUCAGGGCCUGGUAGGACUAGCCGGAGCCCUUACAUGUUCCCAAGCAGCCCCCAAGCUGUGCCCUGCUCUCUGGGGUCACUGAGGGUUUCUUUCUGGGCAGAGCAGCAGGUAGAGGUGCUCUUUCACAGGUAGGUUGCUCCUCACCUGUCCUGGAGGGAGCCUGCUGCUUCCAGCCCCCACCCCAGCAGCAAAGGGCGACACAGUCUUAGGUUGUGCUCGUGCCUCUCUCAAGCUGAUCAACUCAGUGUGCUGUUCUCUCCUCCUCCUCUCCCCUGCCAUUAAGCCUUGUACGCUCCUUGAGAAUAGAGAGACACCCUCUCUGUUUCUGGGAUAUUUUUUCCCCAUUUUUUCUUUUUGGAUAGAAAGUUGUCCAGUGGCGGUGGAGGACAGGGGCCUGCCUCAUCUGUUCCUUCCUGUCACCUUCCCCAGUGCCAAGCUUAGGCUCAGAUCCUGCAGAUUCCUGCAAAUACUGAACUUGGAGCAAGCUCUGUGGUACUUGGGUGCUUUGGAUUCUGCCUGUGCUUGAGUUUUAGCAGCAUCGGAGCCGCAUUCUUUCUCUUAGAGAAGGUCAGUCCUAACUCCUAGAGUGCUGAUGGUUCUGCUGCCACCCAUCUGUCUCUUUAUUUCCCCUCACUUGGCAUACAGAGUGACGGUGGUAAUUUUUUUCUUUUUUUAAUUUAAAAUAAACCUAAAUAUGUAUCUUAUAAUUUUUUUAUUUUGGAAAAAAUAAUGCAUUUAAGGAUUGUGCACGGAUGAAUUGUAUAUCUAUAUAUUUUUUUUGUCUUGCAAUUUUCAUUUAAAUAUAGUGUUUGUUCAGUUUUGUUUUGGUUUUUUUUUUGUUUUUGUUUUUUUUUUAAUCCAGUUCCCAGCUGGCUAAACUGUCUAGAGCGGAUGGGUGGGAGAUGUAGCCACUGGAGAGGUGAUUGAAUCACCCCUUCCCCUGGCGCUUCCCACAAGAAAAUGGUUUGCUCCAGGUUUGGGGGUGGGGGUUGUGCUAAUUACUCUUGUAUUCUUGUACAUUUUGUUCUUUCUGCUGCUCUUGAAUAUUGUAUCAAUGCCAGAAAUGGGGAGAUAAAAACUAAAAAAAAAAAAAAAAAAAUUAACCCCAAUAAAUUGUUACAUUCCAGAA